CCCAAAGCUGCCGUGGUUAUUGGUCAACGGGGUUGCCAUCCGUUGGUUGGGUGCCAUGUUAUUCGAGAUGUCGUCCUAUAUGAAUGCGCUCUUCCCAAGUCCUCGAUAACCUCCCCAUCAACUAUCUCCUCUCAUCUGAGCAUAGUACAACAUUCGUUUUGGCUGUAAUCCAGGCAUGAGCAAGAGUGAAUUCGAAACGAUGUCGAACGCUCCCGAAGACUUCAGCAUCCGAUCUCCAGUUCCUCAAUACCAAGCAAUGCAUACUCCCGCAUCAACUGCCAUCGGCAGCCACGACAUCGCCGGACCUAACGUCAAAUACUGCCACGUCGUUCACUGCAACCAUGGAGAAUCUCUCGGAGAAGGCUCCCGGGCCAACGUCGUGCCCGUUGCCCUUGUGGAGAGAUGGCCUGCUUUGAUCGAGUGCCCUGCUUGCAAGGGGGUCACUCCCACCACGAGGGACCAUAGAAUUGGCAAAGGAGCGCACUGGAUGGCCAUUAUGCUCUUCUGCACCACCGGUGUUGGUGUGUUCUUCGCUCCGUACGCCAUGAGGCCAUUCAAGGACGUCGUUCACAGCUGCCAGCGCUGCGGACGCAAGGUAGCGACUCGGCGAUUCGGCGGUGGCACCAAGGCGCACCUUAUGUGAAACAGAGAUUCAUGAUCGGACUCGGGGGUCAUGCAAUCGUGUACUCUCUGAUGACUCUUUCUUUUAGUCUUUUGCUUGGGCCCCCGGUGUAGAUGAGAUACGACUGGUUCGUCAUGUGUCACGAGUUAUGGCACGCAGCAAUGGGCAUAUGAAGUGGGUUAAAGUGGCUUGAAGUAACCCAUCUAGAAUGAGCACAUAAGAGCAGUCUAUAUACUAAGAGAGUGUGAUAUCCACGUGAGAAAGCACGUAGCAAGAUGCUUGACGAGUGCUGAUACCAUUCCUGUUUCGUGACA